AUGAGAAUCACUAACCUGAAAUCAAAAUCAGAAGCACUUGUGGUGGUGUUUUCACCGGCAAAAUCUGUAAUGGCGGUGGCCUCGCCGGAGCAGCAACAACAAUGGAUGUUUGUAGAUUUCUUGAUCACAAAAAAAUAUCUUAGAGUGGACACACUUCAAAGGCGAAAAACCGACAGGAGGGACGAGAAAUUACUUAACAUCGGCAAUUUUGUGGUCGAAGGGUCACCGAAAACACACCUAAUCGCCGAUAAACGCCCCAAAAUGCCUGUAUAA